GAACCGGAAUCAGCGGAGGAUUGUGGGAAAUAGCAGCACCAUCAUCUGGAAUACAUUUUCUUCCUCUGGCGUAAAAAAAUAUAGCUGACAAAAACACAAAGAAACCUCGACUUUCAUACCUCUCAAAAUGUCAAAACUGGCGUUGUUCAAUGUGUAUAUUACUGAACGGCUAACAGCGGCGGCUGUAGAGAUAGCUGGAGUAGUAGAGAGAACAGUAACUGAGUACCAGGAGGAAAUCUCUCGUUCAAAGGAGGAGAACGAACGUCUUCGACGUCUGCUGGAUUUCAAACCGCACAGAACAGACCCCCAGCAGCUUACUCUCCCAGUCUCUGAAGAAGAGGUUCCCCCUGAGCGGCAGCACUGUGAGCAGAAGUGGAGCCCCAGUCUGGAGAAGGACCCAGAGCCCACACAGAUUAAAGAUGAACAAGAGGAAAUCAGGACCAAUCAGGAGGAAGAGCAGCUUGAAGGGCUGGAGUCUGAUACCAAAGACUCCAUAUUCACCGUCUGUGAGGAAAGUGACUGUGAUCCGAUGGAUUUCUCGAGCCAAAUUUCCGAGAGCAGAGAGGGGGAUGUGUUAUGUGUCCGCAUUCCUCAAGAGAUCAAAACCGAGCCUGAUGGAGAGCUCUACACGGUAUCAGAAGCAACCAGUGCCUCACACUCCCUCUCAGAAGGAUAUCCAGGCUGUUUGGCAGCUCACAGUGAAAACAGUGGAAGUGGCAAUGAGGUGGAGAGUGAGGGACUACCGUCAGGAUCAAAGGCACUGAAAUCACCCAGAAAACAAGCAAAGAAAAGACUAAGCUCCCAUACCUCUGCUGGAAGCGGGGUGACCACAAAUGCUGCUCCUCCUUAUUGUUGCAAGUUGUGUGGAAGUACAUUUGUAUACAUUGGUCCUUUAGUUAAUCAUGUGAAAAAUGUGCACACAAAGCUUACUGCAGAAUACCGUUGUGGUGUGUGUGAAGAAGUCUUUGAGUCCAUAGCAAGUCUGACAGAGCACCUGCAAACCCACAUUAAAGCAACACGCACUUGUAAUGUUUGUGGCAAAUGCUUCCCUAGUGAUUCUAGUAUGAGAACACACAUGGUAACGCACACAGGAGAGAAACAGUAUCAAUGCAAAGAAUGUGGAAAAUGUUUCAAAAAUAAGGGCUAUAUGCACUUGCAUAUGAGGCGUCACACAGGGGAGACACCAUUUUGGUGCAAAGAUUGUGGCGAAAGUUUCACUUGUAAGGGAUACUUGAAAACGCAUAUGAAGUUCCACACAAGUGAGGAACCACAGCCCACACUGAUUAAAGAUAAACAACAGGAACUUGGGAUCAGACGGGAGGAAGAGCAGCUUGAAGGGCUGGAGUCUGAUACCAAAGACUCCAUAGUCACCGUCUGUGAGGAAAGUGACUGUGAUCCGAUGGAUUUCUCGAGCCAAAUUUCCGAGAGCAGAGAGGGGGAUGUGUUAUGUGUCCGCAUUCCUCAAGAGAUCAAAACCGAGCCUGAUGGAGAGCUCUACACGGUAUCAGAAGCAACCAGUGCCUCACACUCCCUCUCAGAAGGAUAUCCAGGCUGUUCGGCAGCUCACAGUGAAAACAGUGGAAGUGGCAAUGAGGUGGAGAGCGAGGGACUACCGUCAGGAUCAAAGGCACUGAAAUCACCCAGAAAAUGGGCAAGCACCCAUAACCGUGCUAGAGGCAAGGUGACCACAAAUGCUUCUCCUUAUUGUUGCAAGUUGUGCGGAAGUACAUUUGUGUACAUUGGUCCUUUAGUUAAUCAUGUGAAAAAUGUGCACACAAAACAUACGAAAAUGUGUGGUGUGUGUGAGGAGGUAUUCGAGUCCAUAGCAAGUCUGACAGAGCACCUCCAAUCCCACAUUAAAGCAACACGCACUUGUAAUGUUUGUGGCAAAUGCUUCCCUAGUGAUGCUAAUCUGAGAACACAUAUGGUGUCUCACACAGGAGAGAAACAAUAUCAAUGUAAGGAAUGUGGGAAAAGUUUCAAAACUAAGGCAUAUAUGAAAUUGCAUAUGAGACUUCACACGGGGGAGAAACCAUUUCAGUGCAAAGAAUGUGGAGAAAGUUUCACUUGUAAUGGAUACUUGAGAGCACAUAUGAAGUUCCACACAGGGGAGAAAUCAUAUCGGUGUAAGGACUGUGGGCAAGACUUCGACCAGAAGGAACAACUGGAAACGCACAUGUGGACUCACCAAGGUCAGAAACCACAUGGUUGCAAACAGUGUCCGAAAAGCUUCAAGCGCAAGGAAGAACUGACCAGACACACAGCGGUUCACACAGGAGAGAGACCUUUCAAGUGCACUGUGUGUGGACAUUGCUUUGCCACCCCAGGCAACCUGACACAACACCUAACCACUCACUCUGGAGAGAAACCGUAUCACUGCAAACUGUGCAGCAGAUGCUUUAGAAACAAUCCACUACUUAAAAGUCACCUGAGGAAUCGUCACAAAUGUUAUGACAGUGCCAUAUUGUCAGAAGAUGACUUAAGUUCCUCCGUAUGAUGUGGGAGUGCCCUGUAGUUAAAUGCUUCUAGGACAAAGUUACAAAAUUGAUGUUGGCUCUUACAUUGAUGUCACCUCACUGUCUCCCAUUUAACCAGUAGAUACAGAUACUAUUAGGAGUUUUAACAUCAGAAUUAUCGACAGUGAGAAUGAAUGGUGCUGGUCAAGGAACAACAGACCUGGACAAAUAUACUUGACUCUGUAAAGAAUAAUCUCAGCUAAAGCCCAACACAUAGAUACAUACAUACAUACAAGUUAUAAGCCCCAUUACAUGCAUACAUACAAACUAUAAGCCCCAAUAUAUACAAACCAACUAUAAUCCCCAAGACAUACAUACGUUAUAAGUUAUAAGCCCCGAUAGAUAACAUGAGGUGCGUUCAGUUCACUUGAACGUUUGCUACGUUGUGAAACGGUUUGUACUGAAAAGACUGAGGUACAUUUGAUCCCGUUUUGUGGGUGUGGCUUGAAGCAGUGAGUGACAUAUUUAAACGGCAGCGGCCAUGCUGACAGCGUUCCCCAACACACAACCCAAACCCCUCCCAGUUUUUCAACUGGUUGUUCAGUACAGCACCGUUUCCUUCCAAUUGAAUGUAAAAACGUACUGAACGCAGACCUGGUUUCAGGGUGGGUCGGGGGGCACGCUAGUUGUUUAGGUUUCUGUUCCUGUACAUACUGAAUUGAAAUAUUGAUAUAUACUUUGUUGUUAUUUACCUUUUUUGUAGUUUUUUAUUUAAAAAAAAGUGUUGCAGCCAACAGGUAAAACCAAGAAUAUGUGUGAAAUAAUGAAUAGAUAAUGAUUUAAAUAUUGUACCUGUAAUUCCCCCCAAAUGAAAAAAUGCCAACAAAAAUGGACCAGUUGUCUUUUGGUUUGUGGUGCUAUAGAACGUUUAGUAGAAUCGAUAAAACAAUAUAGUAUCUGCUCUCUUUCUCUCCUCUGUCACGCUAUGUCUUCUUCCAGAGUUAUUACAUUUACAUUUGAGCAGAUGUAAAUGUUAUGUUAUGAAUGCUGAUCUGCUUUUUACUAUUAAAUAAAGGCCUUCUUUAUAAA